GUUCCCGCCCCCACUCUCUCCCUCACCACCUUCACUCCUCUUCUCACAGCUUCAGCAGAGCCCAGAGCUGAGCCAGAACACAUAACGUCCAGGACCACCUUCAGCUCCGUCACAUCGUCCACCAACGAGACCAGCCUGAACUCCACACAGCUGCCCAUGGCUUCAGUGGAAGGCGCCGGGAUGGGGAUGGUGCUCGUGCCCUUUGGUAUCAUCACAGUCAUUGGGCUGGCUGUUGUCGUGUUUAUAUACAUCAAGAAAAAAGAAAAG